UUCCCAUUGAGCGACCAGAUGUCGCCCCGUCUGUCACUUGGCAUUUGAACUAAUAUUUUGUGUUGUCAAAACUUUGCGAUUUUUUCUAGUGAACGCAGCGCGUCCUCCGCGAUCCGGGGCGCGUAAGAGUGUUCCGCAGUGGUGGGCUCGUGUCGGCGGCCCUGGGCGGCUUCCGUGGGGCUCGAUCCCUCCGCGCGUGCCGCUGGAGAGGGCCUCGUUCGCGCCUUACAGUAACUGUGAACCGGCGGCCAUGUUGGCAGCAGUCUCGUCGGGCAUCAUGGGUUAGCAGUGCAGCCGUUGCGCCCGAAAAUCGCGAUUCAAUCGGUCUCUGUGCAGCAAUCGCCCCAAUCCGUGCACCCGGGACGUCGUCGUCGAAAGCGUUGUGCGAUGGUUCUGCGCAUUAUUGCGGCAGCGAGUGCAACGUCGUAGCGCAGGGAGUCGACUGUUGGAGCAGCCCGGGGGCGGCGAGCAUGACGGCAGAGUGACGGCGCGAUGGCGAGGGUCCCCGACAGCGCCAGCCCCAGGGAGCGCGACGCCUUCCUCCGGGACCUGCAGCUCUUCCACGAGACGCGCGGGACGCCGUUCCGCAGGCCCCCCGUGCUCGGCGGCCGCGAGGUCGACCUCCACCUGCUCUACACCCUGGUGACGGGCCAAGGCGGCUGGAUCAAGGUAAACUCAAAGAAUGGCUGGUCCGAAAUCCUGGAGCAACUCCGCCUCUCGAAAGACUGCGUCAACGGCAGCGUCGCCCUCAAACAAAUCUACCUACGGUACCUGGAUCGGUGGGAGAAGGUGCACUUCCUCGGGGAGGAGGCGGACCGCGGCAGCGACGACGACGAGGAGAGCAGGCACAAGAGAUGGUCGGCGAGGGCGCUGCAUUCGGUGCCGCUCACGUAUAACUACAACCAGCACGUGAUCGCAGAUGCUAAUAGGGAGUACAACCAUUUGUCGACGAACCUGUACAAACCGUCUGACUACGACAGGUUGGCCUUAUCGCUGAUAUCGCCGCUACCGAACGAACAGGACUUCGCCAUAAACGUGUGCACGCUGCUCUCGAACGACGGAAAGCACACGCUCAAACUGGACAAGCAUCCGAGGAUCAUUGAUUAUCUUCUGGCACAUGCAGGUGUUUUCAGUCAUAGCUCUCUCCGCCACCUCUUCAUCCACUGUUACUCCACCAUCCGGAAGCAGCCGAUCCACACCUUCUGGUCGGACAUACUCGAAUCAAAAGAAUUCCUGGAUCUCACGGACGAAAAAGCCCCCCUCACCGUCAAAACCGAAUCCUUCGAAUCACCUCCGUCGCCCAGCACGAACUCUCUCUGGUGCGCAAGCAGUGACUCUGAGUGCGAAUGUGACGAAACCGAAACGACAGACUCCUCGUCGACCAAAAAACGUUUCAAACUAACCCCCAGUGACCGCGAACUGUUCUGUCUCGGCCGCGGCCUCGGCACCCAGGAGUACGUCGGACAGCGCGUGCUCCAGGUGACGACAAUCCUAAGAAAUCUCAGCUUCAUCGAAGAGAACGUGUCGAUCCUCCUCCAGAACAAGACGUUCCUCCGGUUCCUCCUUCUCUGCUCGUCCUCGCGAUGGGGCUACCUCAAGAACCUCGGCCUGGACAUGCUCGGCAACAUCGCGAUGGACUUCCUCGUCAAGGAUUACCCCACCGACCGACUGGCGGCGAUCCUGCUCAAGAUCGUCAUCAAGGGACUGAAGAGCGAGGAUCGCGCGCUGUGCAUAUCCUCGCUGGAGGUGCUCAACAAGCUCAGCCAGAACGAGGCCAACGAAGACACGCUGCUGCGCCACCUGGAACUCGACGUCUACGAGAAAGUUUGUUCCUUUUUGACUAUUCACGACGUGAUGUUACUCAUUUACACGCUGGAGUGCUUGUACUCGCUCUCGUCGCUCGGCGAGCGCUCGUGUAACUUGAUCGUGUGCAAUCACGGGGUGGUGGACACGCUGGUGUCGCUGGUCACGGUGGAGGGUAAGAGUUACGGACCGAAAGCGUGCAUCGGGAUGAAGCUGGUGGAGACGCUGCCGGGAGGCGCGAGCACGACGCCGGCGACGACGGCCCAACAGACGACGACGCCGGCGACCACGACGAGCACGUGCACGACGAGCAUCGCGACGAUGACCACGACGACGACGAGCACGGUGCUGUCGACGAUGGCGGCGGCCGUAAAGACGUCGCUGGUGCAGACGACACCGGUGAGGGCGGUGCAGAUCGCACCGCAGAGACUGUUGAGCAUAUCGCCGAGUUCCUCAGCCACCGUUACGACGACGGUGACGACGCAAGCCCAGACCAUGACUCCACAGCAGCUCAUUCAGCAGCAGCACGCGCAUCAGCAGGCAAUACACGAAAACGAGCAGUUCGCUUUGGCGUGGUUGAGGGCGACGUACGAGCCAUGUGCCAACGGAAAGGUGGAUAACCAGGAGUUGUACAAACACUACUUAAAUUCGUGUUCGAAGAUAGGGAGAAGGGGGGUGAUAUCGCCACUGCAUUUUCCUAGAUGCGUACGGUCAGUAUUUGGUGGGACGGUGGGCCCGAACCCGAUGAAGCCGUCCAGUGCGAACGAGCCACAGUAUUACGAAGGCAUAAAGGUGCGAGCACAACCUCUCAUUAUUAAUAUCCAACCGGCAUCCAAUCCCGUCACACCACCACAGCCCACACCACCCAGUAAAGGACCAAACAGACGAACUAAGCAGCCAUCAAAUGUGACAACAACAAGCUCACAAACGGCAUCUAGUUUGACGGUCAUGGCUGACAAUAGUAAUUCUUCCAACGACACGAAUAACCCACCCGUCUCUCCUGCCUCACCCAUCCUCAAGGCGCAGCUGAGUGCUCCCCCGAAACAGAGGGACGCCAAUGCUACGCCGCCCACUAGUAAAGGCGAUAUGAAAAGUCAGGUUAUGGCGCACCCUCACUUGAGCCAAGCUUUACUAGGCAGCAACUCCUCGGGACAGGCGACAGCCGGUUCAAGCAAAGAUAAUCAGGCAGGUCAGAGCAACACGUCCCUCAUCAAAAGCUUACUGGCCACAAAGGUAAACGAUUGCAUGACUACAGUGAGCAUGAGGACUGCAACAGACUGCCAAAAUGUAGCUCAGGUGGUCGCCCGUCAGCAGAAACUCCUCGCGCAGCAGACCGCAGACGCCAACAAAACCCCCACGAAAAACGACACAAAAGCGUCCCGUUUGAACGGCGCUAGGCAGUUGUUUACCGACGGGGAAGUCGGCGACCCGUCGGUCUCGUCGACCACCCAGUUCACCAACAUGCUGAAAGGGAAGAAAGAGCCGCCUCAGCCGCCACCCCCGCUCGCCCCUUUGAGCAACAACGCGAAGAAGACGUCGAGGAUAGACAACGAAGACAGCGACUCCACCGGUAACAAUUCGUUGGCCUCGAGUUCGGGGAUGGGGACUAUAGGGAUCGGGGGCAUCUCGUCGACGGAAGACGGGGAUAACUCCCUCACGAGUUUCGAAGGGCUGUUGAAUGGAAUUCCUAAUCUAGAUAAUCCGUUGAACGAGGACAGCAAUUCGAAGGACUCGGUGAAGGUGGGCGGGGAGAUACUGAAGAACAAACCUUUGAGAUUGGCCGACCUGCUCGAGAAAAAGGUCGAGAAGACUCCGCCGCCGAUGAUGAACGGCACCCUCGGCAAAGAGUUGCGCUUAGACUUGGUUGAGAACCACAUCGAGAAGGCCCUUAGCCGCGAAACGGACAACCACGAAGACGAAAAGAAGACGUUGAAGCGGCCCGCGAGCGACGAGAUUGUCGAAAGCGAACCGAAGAAGGCCAAAGUGAACGUGAACGGAUCGGCGGGGGCGGACUCGCCCGCCCCCGAUUCUGUGUCGAGUUCGAACGGCGACGAGGGCACGGCGACGGUGUCGACGGCGGCAGCGAAACUGUUCGCCGACAUCGCGGCCGACAUCCUAGAAGGGGAAGACGAGGAGCAGCUGCUGCAGGAGGCGGUGGCGCCCGCGCCGCCACCUCCUGUCGAACAAGCGCCCGUGGCGCCGCCCGCCCCCGUCCAACAGCUCAUCAUGGACAACAACCAACAGGUUUUGCUGACUCAGCCUCGUCAGAUUAUAGUGUCGCAGCCGAAGACCCAAACCGGUCAGCCCGUGAUAGUACAAAACGCCGGUCAAGCGAGGCCGCAGAUGGUGCUGCAGCAGAACCCGGGGCAGAUUUUGCUGUCACAGGGGCUGCAAGGGCAGGUUCAACUGGUAGCGAGUACCACGCAACCGGGGCAGUACCUGCUGCAGACCAGUGGGGCCCAACCGACGUACAUGGUGGCGCAGCCGCAGACGGCCGUCGUCCACGGGCAACCCCAGACCGUGUUGGUGGCGCAGACGGCGCAGCAACAAGGGAGCGGUACCAAGACGAUUAUAAUUCUUCAGCAGCAGCCGUCGUCGACGACGCACCACCAAAAGGUCGUACUACCGCAAGGUCAACAAGUGGUGGUGACGCAAGUGCACCGGCCGGUAUUACAGAGCUCUACGGUAACGAAUAACAUCAUUCCGGCGAGUUCCGUCAUCAAAACCACGGCUGUCACGCAAACGGCGAGCAACGGAGUCGUGGAAAAAAAGGAGGAAGUGCGGCCGAAGAUCGUGAGGGAUUUAACCACUCCUUUCGUUUGCGAGUGGGGGGAUUGUAACGUUGACACGAAGUUCAAAUCGGCCAACCAGGUGUAUUUGCACGUCUGCGAAGCGCACGUUCCUAAAGGUAGUGAAGAGAUCGUCUGUCAAUGGGACCGUUGUGAUAAUAUGAAGAGAAAAAGGUUCUCUUUGAUGACACAUCUUCAUGAUAAACACUGCAACACGGAGGUUAUGAAACAGAGUCUGACGCGGCGGAAGCAGGUGUCGCAAGGGGGCAAAGUGGAGCCGCCGCCGCCCGCACCGUCGACGCACCCGGGCUACGCCCCCGACGCCGCCCUGCACGCCAUCAAGCGACACGCCCUGGAGUUCGUCAACCCCAAGGAGUUGCAAAAAGCUACGGUAAAGCAAGGCACACCGAGUGUGUCUGCGCCGCCGCCCAGACCUGGGCCCGCUGUGGUGGAGCAGGAUGACAAUGAGGGCCCCGUGACGAAGAGCAUAAGGUUGACAGCGUCUCUAAUACUUAGGAAUCUCGUAAUUUACAGCAGUAAUUGUAGAAGGUACUUAAAGCACUAUGAGCCUCAUCUAGCGAAUGUAGCCCUUAGCAACGUAGAGUCGUCGAGGACGAUAGCACAAGUUUUGUAUGAUAUGAAUGAAGGAUCGAAUCACAGGUGACCUGUACGCAAAAGGACGUAGUGUUUACGGACGCCCAGUGAAAGUGUGUGAAUAUAGAAAAACAACUGUCUGUAAAUUAUUAAGUGGAAGUGUACAAAUGUUAGAUUGAUAGGUACUAAAAGCCUAAUAAUUGUUAUUUUUAUAUUAUUUACUAGUGUAAACAAGCUUCUGAACUAUGCAAAUUUGAUUUCAGUCAUCGUCGUAAAUAAACAAUUUUCUAUCUGUGCAAUUUAUUCAAUUUGAUCGAAUUGUAGCUACUGUAAAUAAUUCCAAACAUGUAAGGUGGAUGAUCAUUAUUUAGUUUUGUCCAUACUUGUGAUAUAUAAAGCACAUCGUUUAUUUAUCAGUAUUAUCUGAAACUGUAACUCGGUAUUGUUUCGAAGUUCUGUGAGGUACAGAAUCUCUAGCUGACUGAUUUUGUGUUAAACAUGAGAAGAAGUGUGAGGUACUAAUUUUCAUGUGCUUAGCAUAUCCACAUCUUAACUUACCAGUAAAACUCUGUAAAAUGUUUACUAUUAUAAAAGAAAAUAAAAUGCAUUUAAUGUGGA